UACAAUCAUACUCACGGUACUACAGCUAGCUUCAUAGGGCGGCCUAGUACGUAUUCGAGUCAUAAUAUAGCGAAUGCAUAUCUAACCAAGUCGGAAGCAGAAACGAAAUAAAGCUCUCCAAUUUGAACAACAGAGUAUUAUAUAGAGACGCACGAGAGAAUAACCUGUCAUUUUGUUUUCUAGUAGUAUUAUCUCUACUACUAAGAGUAAGACUGGCCCUUCUUCUUGUAAUUGUUGUCAACCCGGUAUCGUCAGCGACGGAGGCCUUUUCCCUUGACUUGUCUUCAUAAUCAGCUCUGCUUGCCGCGACGUUCGAUUCCAACAUUUUUUUUCCUCCAAGUUCCCAAAAUGAGUGGGUUCCUAUUUGGAAAGAAGAAGAAGGAGGUAACUGUUUCGCCAGCAGAAGCUAUCCAGAAACUUAGAUCAACCGAAGAAAUGCUCGUGAAAAAACAAGAGUUUUUAGAAGGAAAGGUGUCAAAGGAACUUGUCAUAGCAAAGCAGAAUGGAACGAAAAAUAAGAGAGUUGCAAUCCAAGCGCUGAAAAGGAAGAAGAAGUAUGAGAAGCAGCUGGCCCAAGUUGAUGGAACCUUGACUACGAUAGAAGCACAGAGGGAGGCGCUGGAGAAUGCUAAUACCAAUGCAGAGGUCCUCAAAAAUAUGAAAUUUGCAAGCACAGCCUUAAAAACAGCACAUAAAGAAAUGGGUGUUGAAGAUGUGGAUGAUUUGAUGGCAGAUGUGCAUGAACAAAUGGAACUAGCCACAGAAAUUUCUGAUGCCAUCUCAAAUCCAAUAGGCUUUGGAGCAGAUGAUAUUGAUGAGGAUGAGUUGAAUGCAGAACUUGAAGAAUUAGAACAGGAAGAAUUUGAUGAGAAGAUGCUCGAUGUUGAUAUUGAAUUACCACAAGUACCAAGUGCAUCAUUACCAGCCACGAAAAAGAAAGUUGCGCAGGAUGAGGAUGAUGACAUGAGAGAACUUGAACAGUGGGCCAUGUAGAACCAACCAUCCAGCACUUCUCUCUCUCUUACCAACUCCAUCUAAGCUAAAGGCCCAUUCUGCUUUCUCUAGAGGGGAUCAAUCAACAUUCAAAGAAUAUUUUGUAUAUCAUGUAUGGAGGUGUUGUGGUAUUUCAUCUCGAGGCCUGCACUUCUUAGUGUGCAUAUUCAUAUGGAUAGGUUCAUGGUCUAGUCCAAGUAACAUAAUUUCUCUUUACAGAAGUUACAUGUGACGCUAAUACUUUGGACUAUAGACUGUAGUAUACAGGCAACGAUCCCCACACACACACAGCAAAAUAUUUGUUGUUGGUUGGUCCCCUUUAUAUUUUUUAUUCUAUCGAUGGUCACUGUGAUUUCUGAUGUUAAAAGAUCAAUUCCAUACAGCAGAGAGGAACAUAGUAAACAUUGCACCUAAGUACAGAUUACUUGCUGGGGGAUAUGAAGUGUUUGCAAUGAGAAGCUGCAAUGCUAUUGCGUAGUUGUGUAGUGAAUAGGCCAAGGUUUUCCUAAGGUGUAUCUUUCUAAUAUUAUGUACAGAUGUCCCGCCCCCCUACUGUUAUUUAGGGUACGCAUAUGCAUGUUCCCUCCUUUUGAAAACACCCCCUAAGUCCGGUGUGUAAAGUCAAUAUGGGCCUGAUUUUUGUGUACUAUGAGACGGACUUUGGUGCAUGAAAAGUACCCCUUUACCGGACAUUUUGGUAACACGCAUGGUAUCCCUCCAUUCACGGAGUGGGGGGGGGGGGGGGCGGGACAGAUGUAUUUUAUCACACAUGAAUCUUUACUAAUAGAUUAUACAUUCUACCACGUAAUUUAUGAAAAAUAAUAUUUAUUAGAUAAGGGAGAUGUAUUUCUUGCUACCAUUGUUUCAUUAAAGCAUUGUGGAAGCAUGCCUCUGGAGUUGUGCUACUCCUGAUAAACUUUCAAUUUCUUCAUAGGCCACAUUAAAAAGUGAAGUUUCUUUUACUCUCACUAUCUCUCUCUUUUUAAGAGUAUAACAAAUCCAAUAUGUAUUGACUGGAUUUGUAACACAAUGUUUACAAACAAGGAUUUCUUCUGUAGAUUUUAAAAGUCAUGAGGAAAAAGUGGCUUGGGGUACAUUGAUAUUUAUUUCCCCCUCCCCUACAAACUCACCUUCCUGUGUGAUAUGUGUUACAUAUCAACCGACAAAUUAAGAAUUUUGCUACUGAUAUUAUAUUCACUGAGGCUGCGGGCCGAGGUUGAAAUUUAAUGGCAUGAUGGAAUAGAAUGUACAGAAAUGUAAGCCCCCUAAAAUCAUUUUAAAAAAGGGUUUAGAAACUAUUUUUAAAAGAAAACUAAUUAUAUAUCAAACUUCUUGGACAUCCCAUGAAACAUGUGUUAUAGAGUUAUUAAACGCAUGUUUCUAUGGCAUUUCUGCGAACUUUGACCUAUGAUGUUUUCGAUUAACUGGCCCCUGAUCUUAAAAAUUGGUGUUAGAAUGUCUGUACAAUUUUUCAAGAACUACUAAAGGAAGAAAAGUUCAGUAGAUUUUUUAUUUAUUAACAAGCCUUUUCAAAAGUAGAUAUUUAACAACAACAGAAACUGCUGACAGAUAUUGUUUUAUUGUAUUGGUGUUUACACAGACACACUCUGUCCUUGCAACCUCUCUCCAUGGGAGCUUAGAAUCAGAAUUAUUUUCCACUGAACUUUUGGUGCCCCUAAGCUAACCCUAACCUUAUGGAUUUUUACAUGAGAAUUAGUAGUGUAAUGAAGUGGUAUGUUUUGGUUUAAGGCAUAGCAUAGGUUAGGUGCAAGUCUAGGUGCAAGUUUAGCUGUAUGGAAAUAAUAGUAUAUACAUGUUUAUUGGUGGCACUUCACUGUGCACUUGGAGGAGGAAAGAAUUAUUGACCAGUAGAUAGAGGGCAACGUUUAAGUUCUACACAGCCAUGAAAUAAGAUUUGUGUUUUAGAUUAAAAAAAACCCUGAAAAACUGAUCAAUACAUAUGUAUUGAUCAGUUUCAGGUUAGGUGUAAAAAUGUGGAACAUGUCAUAAUAAAAAUGUGUGUAUAAUUAUGUGUGAAGCUGUUAGUCAAAUAUUUUAAAAGACAUUCACUUUUAUAAAGUAUCAACAGUUGUUUUAUAUAUUUUCUUCUUUUUGUUUCUAUUCUUCCAGAUUACAUUUUGUAAGUAACGUCUGAUAACAUUUGUCCAAAAUACCAAUGUAUGUACAUGUGAGGCAUCAUCAUGUACUGGUAUAUGAUUGUUAGGAAAAUAUAUAUUAGAUUAUAACAUAGCAAGAAGCAAGAAGGCAGGUCAUAUGAAGUGCCAUCUUUUAAUAUUUCCUUCAAAUUCCUUCAACUCCUGCAGUGCUGGGUCUAAACUGAAGCCCUUGAUGGAUUCUGAAUUCAAUGAUUUGUAGAUCAGGAUAUUCAGUUAAUGCAAUCCACCUCCAAAUCACUUUAAUGAUAUUUAUUACUACUUGUGAAACAUAACUCCUUCAUUCUAAUGUACCUGAAUUGAGAUAGAGCAUCCCUGGGCCAGGGUCCAGGGAGAGGGACAUUCAUUACCUCUUAUUACUGACGGCUACAAUUUAUUCUCUUAGCACUGCAGUCUAUUUAUUUACUCAGCAGCUAGUGUUUUCAAAAACCCUUUAAAGCAUUAUUAAUAUAUGUUUAGCAUAUAUUAAUAAUGAUAAUAAUAUAGCCCAUAAUAAUACAUUGAAUAAUCUAUGCGCUUUAUAUUUCUUUAAAACAAGGAGCUUCAUGAAUUCCUUGAAAACAAACAAGUUUUCAAGGCUCUCCCAAAACCCUCCAUUCUCAUGACCUCCCAAAGUCUGUCAGGAAGAGGGAAGAAAGCUGCAGAAGUUGAUCAUGACACAGACAUUUAAAAAAAAAGCUAAAUCACUUGACAUAGUGUAUUUUCAUAAUAGGUUUCCGUUAUAUCUAUUUUUCAUUUGAAAGAUAUUCAGUAUCUUUCCCUCUCGACUGACAUUUGUAUUUGACCUGCGCUUAUUCAUAUAAUUUCAUAUUUGUAUUAUUUCAUUUGCUUAAAUUAUGUAUAUGACUUACACUUCUAUUACGUUAUCUUUGGCACAUGUACUAUUUAAUGAUAUAGAAUAGGAACUUUCAGUUAGUACAUGUCCAAAUAGCACCAUAAUAUCAUAUAUCUUUCUAUAAAUUCUGAACUGUCACAACUUAAUGUGUGAUUAAUUGUAAAUAAAAUGAUCUUUAUAAUGUGAAA